AUGAAGAAAGGCAACAUUACAUCAUCAGAGCGUCAGACAUGAACAUCCAUCACACUCUGAUCUGCUUCUUUCUCAUGCUGCAGGAUGUUAAGACUGGGCUCAUUAAUGCAGAAACACGCAUCUAUACAGGAACUGAAGGAGGAAACAUCAAAGUCUCAUGCUCGUUUUUCUUGCAUGGAAAUACGAAGAUCUUAUGUAAGGACAAAUGUGAAAAAAAAGAAGACAUUCUCCUUGAAACAACAGAAGACAGAGCUGAGAGAGGCAGAUACAGGAUUGAAUAUAAAAGAGGAGCUUUUACAGAAAGAGCAACUCUGUAUGUGAGCAUCACACAGCUGAACAUGUCUGACUCUGGACGGUACUGGUGUGGUUUGGAAAGAUUUGGUCCAGAUGGACACGACGAGUUUGAGAUCAGAGUCAUAGAAGCUUCAACUACUUCAAAACCAAACUUGACUCUACGACCGUUGUCAACUUCACUCCCACCAUCCUCCACAUCCUCCACACUGACAACGACAACACAGAGUUCAGGCUCCAGUGUAGGAAGCCCCACACAUUCAUCAGCCUCUGAAACCAACAAUCAGCCUGAGACAUCACCUGCAGAUUCAGCUGUGCAGCUGUAUGUGGGCCUGGUCCUGGUUUUCAUGAUCACCGUAUUAUCAGUGGCUGUGCUAAUAUUCUGCAGGAACAGGGCUAGUAAACCCAGAGGACCUCCUUUGGAAACUGCGUAUGCUAAGGUCACAAAGGACGACCGAGUGUAUGAGGAGGUGAGAGAGGAGAACGGACAGAGCAGGGCUCCUCCUGUGGAAGUGUUUACGGUUUACGCCUGCACCAAAUACACCAAACCAAACGCAGUCGAAACCACAGAUGACUACAGCUUGGUGAGUGCCACUGCAGCCAUGUCUCGGAACCAAGCUGAAGACAGUGAAGUCACCUACUCUAACUUACAUUUUCCCAACGCUGCAGCCACCUUGCUCCACAGGGCCCCCUCUGGUAAUGCUGAUAAUGGUGUCUACUCUGUACCUCGUGUCGAAGUGAAUUCUGCCAGCCACGCCAACGAUGCUUCCACUCUGUAUUCUACUGUCACUUUACAUUAGCAGUCGGCACAUUCGCUUUCUCAGGGGCCAACAGGUGAACACAGUGUACUUUUUAAUGAGUUAAUAUUCAAGUUACAUCAGUUAUAAUUUGGGAUUCAUACUGUCUCCGUUACUUAGGAAAAUCCAGACUUCACUGUCAACAGUUUUCAUUUACAACUUGCAAAGUAUGACUGGCAGCCGCUGUAUAAUUGUGAAGACUCACUGAAAACAGCUGAUAUGAAGUGAAGUUCAGUCCUGUUCAUUUUCUCUGGGACACAAGAGAAUAACUUCUCUCACAGGUGACAUGAAAAAAUGUAACUGCACAUGAAGGGUGACAUUUCCCUGGAGGCUCUGUAGUUGGGGUUUACUUUUUCAAGUGCAGAUAAAAAUCAGGGAAGGACAUGACAAUUAUUGUAGGUAUUUGUUUUGUAUGUUCCUGACUCAUAGAUCACAGAUAUGAACAAAAACAGAGUGGUGCUGAAAGCUGUCCGCAUGGGUUGAGUCUAGGGAAGUUUUUUUUUUUUUUUUUUUAAUAAUUUAAGUGAAGUCAGACUAUUUCUUCUGUUAUUUAAAUUAUUUUGGUAUUUGGGUUAAGUAAACAGUUAGCUAUUUCUGUUAUAGCUAAUUGCUUAUUAAUUGUUCUUGGUAAAACAAAUGUCAGUAGGUGACCAAGAGGUGGUUGUCCACUAUCUGAAAAUGUUGUAAGGAAACUGCAAACAGUUCUAGCUAAUGGGAAAAAGUUAACAUGUAUAUUAUAUGUAUUCGUUUUAAAAUGCUAAGAGUGGAGAUGAGACAUUUCUAUUAGAUUGUUUAUUGCGUCUGAACAAAUGUAUCUAUUUUGUUACUGCUGUUUUAUACUGUAUAUAUGCUACUUGAAAAAUAUUUUAAAUCCCUUUUUAAAAAUUAUAGUCGUUUUUAAUGGUAGUAAAAUAAAUAUCCAUUAUGUAACUAGUGAUGGCGAAAUGGGGCUUAGAUUCAGAUUAACCAGUCGAGCCUCAAUUUAAAGUUUUUACUAGUGCCACAUCUGGUAAAAACAAUUAAGAGCAGCUAAAUCAUAAUGUCCUCUGAGGGUUUUUUUGUUCCAGUAUUCAAGCUGAUAUAAAUAAAAACAAAAGAAUAAAACAUCA